UACAAAAAUCAUAAGUACCAACCAUAUAUAUACGCUAAAGUAGUCUUCCUUAAACCAAAACCUUUUAUCCCAAAUUCCGUGGCAACUCAUUAUUUGGCAUUGUUAUAUAUAUAUAUAUAUAUAACCUUAAUUAUUUUCUCGAUCAGGCUAGUUGCAUUAAUAAUUAAGAAUCACAGAGAAAAAUAGAGACUAGUAGAAUGGAUAGGGUGACGAAGAUGGCAUCAGAGAGGGCAGUGGUGAUCUUCAGCAAGAGCUCAUGCUGCAUGUGCCACACCAUCAAGACCCUCUUGUGCGACUUCGGUGUGAACCCGGCUGUUCAUGAACUUGAUGAGAUACCAAGAGGGAGAGACGUUGAACAAGCUCUUUCAAGGCUAGGGUGCAACCCUUCUGUGCCGGCAGUGUUCAUUGGUGGCGAGCUUGUUGGUGGAGCCAAUGAAGUCAUGAGCCUUCACCUUAACCGCUCCUUGAUCCCAAUGCUUAAGAGAGCCGGUGCUCUUUGGGUUUGAGAGAAAUUAAAGAAAUAAACUAAUCACCAUGACAUUCUCAUCGAGCAAUAAACUCAGAUGUUAAUUACUUUUUA